AUGUCCACACCUCCCCAAACCGCCAUAGACGACAGCUCGUAUUUGUCCCCUACGUCUCCUGAGCGCAGAUCCCCAUACGAUGGAUCAACUCUCAACUCGAGGUCCGGCUCUGUUGUUUCGGGGGACACGGUAACCCGACUUCGAUCAAAUUCGGGCGUAUCAGCGGCAUCCAAUACUACGUUCUACUCCAAAUCUAGCCUGGAGUUCGACGACCCUGAAGUAGCCUUGCGAGCUGACAAGGGAGACGAGAAAGACUUCAGCGUCCCGAAAAAUCCCUUUGCCUUCUCCCCGGGUCAACUGAACAAGCUCCUCAAUCCAAAAUCAUUGUCCGCCUACAAAGCCCUGGGGGGUCUGCGAGGCCUCGAAAGAGGUCUACGGACCAGUAUUUCAGCUGGAUUGUCAGUGGACGAAACCCGCCUCGAGGGACAGGUCUCUUACGAAGAAGCGGUUGCUACUGGAAUCUGUAAAGAAGGACUCUCAGAAGUCAACCUAAGCAGGUCAGAUUCGGGCGCAAGUGUUAGCCUGCGCGAAGUCAAGGGCCAAUUUGAAGACCGCCUACGCGUCUACCGAGACAAUCAACUCCCCGAGCGCAAGCCAGACAGUAUCCUUGUGCUCAUUUGGAGAGCAUACAACGAUAAAAUCCUCAUUCUACUCACCAUCGCCGCUGUUAUCUCUCUAGCCCUAGGGAUUUACGAGACUGUGGAUGGAGGCUCUGGUGUCGACUGGGUCGAAGGGGUUGCCAUUUGCGUCGCAAUCCUAAUUGUGGUGAUUGUUGGUGCUGCUAAUGACUGGCAGAAGGAACGUCAGUUCGUGAAACUUAACAAACGGAAAGACGAUCGAGAAGUCAAAGCCGUUCGAUCAGGCAAGUCCAUUCAAAUAUCAGUUCACGACAUCACAGUUGGCGAUGUUCUUCACCUCGAGCCUGGUGAUGCCGUUCCGGCAGAUGGUAUCUUCAUAUCUGGGCACGGCGUCAAAUGCGACGAAUCGUCUGCAACUGGGGAAUCCGAUCAGAUGAAGAAGACGCCAGGUGAGGAAGUGUGGCAACGCAUUCAGCAGGGAACUGCAACCAACAAACUUGAUCCUUUCAUCAUCAGCGGCUCCAAAGUUCUCGAGGGCGUUGGCACCUAUCUCGUCACCAGCGUCGGUGUGAACAGCUCCUACGGCAAGAUCUUAAUGAGCCUGCAGACCGACAAUGAGCCAACCCCUCUGCAAGUGAAACUCGGCAGAUUAGCAAAUUGGAUCGGAGGCCUUGGAUCGACAGCCGCAGGACUCCUUUUCCUCGUCCUUGUGAUCAAAUUUCUUGCUCACCUUUCUGGCGAUACUCGACCUGGAGCUCAGAAGGCUCAGGAGUUUUUGGACAUCCUAAUCGUUGCAAUCACAGUCAUUGUUGUCGCCGUUCCGGAAGGACUUCCCCUGGCAGUUACCUUGGCAUUGGCGUUCGCCACUACCAGAAUGCUGAAGGAGAACAAUCUCGUGCGAGUUCUUCGCGCCUGUGAGACAAUGGGCAAUGCCACAACCAUCUGUUCGGACAAGACCGGCACUUUGACUCAGAAUAAGAUGACUGUGGUCGCCGGUACGAUCGGAACGAAGGAGAAGUUCGCUUCGUUACACUCGACGGGGACAACUGACGCAGCCUCGUUCACCACGAUGUUCAGCAACUUGAGCGCCGACGUCAAGGAACUUCUCAAGCUCUCUAUCACCCUCAACAGCACGGCUUUCGAAGGUGAAGAGAAGGGCGUACCCACUUUCAUCGGUUCAAAGACCGAGGUCGCUUUACUCACCCUUGUAAAGGAGAAUCUGGCUCUUGACAAUUUGGCUGCGGAAAGGUCGAACUACAAGGUUAAGCAACUGAUCCCCUUCGACUCGGCUCGCAAGUGUAUGGGUAUAGUCAUCAAAUACAACGGUGUCUACCGGCUCCUCGUCAAGGGGGCGGCGGAGAUCAUGCUUGCCAAAUCGGUCAAGGCCAUUUCCAGCGUCUACGAGAAGCAGUUUGCAGUUACGGAUUUGACUGCAAAGGAAAGGGAAAUGAUAUCAGCAACCGUUGAUGAAUACGCACGACACUCACUGCGGACCAUCGGUAUGCUGUACAAGGACUUCCCACAAUGGCCACCUGCUGGGGCGAGGACCCUUGAAGAAGAUGCUAAGAUGGCCGAUUUUGAUGAUAUCUUCCAUGAAAUGACCUGGAUUGGCGUCGUCGGUAUCCAUGAUCCCCUUCGGGAGGGUGUGAUUGAAGCCGUAGCACAGUGUCAACGUUCGGGUGUGGUGGUCCGCAUGGUUACUGGCGACAACGUCAGCACCGCCCGUGCGAUUGCUACUGAUUGUGGCAUUCUCCGCAAGGACGAAGACGGAAUUGUCAUGGAAGGCCCCAAGUUCCGCCAGCUUCCCAAUGAGGAAAUGGACAGGAUUCUGCCACGGCUUCGUGUGUUGGCUCGUUCAUCGCCUGAAGAUAAGCGUGUCCUUGUCGGUCGCCUCAAGCAUUUGGGCGAGACAGUCGCCGUCACUGGAGAUGGUACCAACGACGGGCCCGCCCUUAAGAUGGCUGACGUAGGCUUUAGCAUGGGCAUUGCCGGGACGGAAGUUGCAAAAGAGGCAUCUUCGAUCAUUCUGCUCGAUGAUAACUUCUCUUCGACAAUUACCGCCCUGAUGUGGGGUCGAGCCGUCAACGACGCGGUGAAAAAGUUCUUGCAGUUCCAGAUUACCGUCAACAUCACCGCCGUGAUACUGACGUUCGUGUCUGCUGUCUCCAACGACUCGAACCACUCAGUUCUCACUGCCGUUCAGCUCCUCUGGGUCAAUCUCAUUAUGGACACCCUCGCUGCUCUGGCGCUUGCAACCGAUCCCCCAACGAAGAAAAUAUUGGACCGUCCACCACAGCCAAAAUCCGAGGCUCUCAUCACCAUCAACAUGUGGAAAAUGAUCAUUGGCCAAGCAAUUUAUCAACUCGUUGUCACUUUCGUUCUGUACUUUGCUGGUAUGUCUAUUUUCAACUACGAUAUAAGACAGCGGAAGGAACUGGACACGAUCGUCUUCAACACGUUUGUCUGGAUGCAGAUCUUCAACGAAUUGAACAGCCGUCGGUUGGACAACAAGUUCAACGUUUUUGAGAAUGUCCAUCGUAAUUACUGGUUUAUCGGCAUCAACUGUAUCAUGGUCGCAGGACAGAUCAUGAUUGUCUUUGUUGGCGGGGAAGCCUUUAGCAUCACUGCCCUCGACGGUCCUCAAUGGGCAAUUUCUCUACUGGUUGCUCUGCCGUGCUUGCUUUGGGGUGUCCUGGUUCGAUGCUUCCCAGAUGCUUGGUUCGCCGUCGUGUUUAACGGAACGGUCAACGGCAUGGCUUUCGUUCUCCGACCGAUCUGGAAGGGUCUUCAUGUCAUUUUCCAUCCGCUUGCACAGGUUUGCCGUGCCAUUGCACGGUAUGCUCGGCGUGCUAUACGCAAGGUCACUCACCAGGAUACCUCUGAGCUGGAAGAUGAGCAAGCACCGGCUGACGAAGAGCGUCCUUCAGUCGUGGCUGCGGAGAAGCGAACUGGCACCGUCCACGUAUCGAGCGGCUCCAGCUCAACAGCAGCCACAACGAAGCCGAACGAUGCCAACACGACUUCACCGUCCGACUGGAACAGUGGCUCGACGGAGAGGAGAGACAUCCCGGUGCCCUCUGUGUCGAUCACAGGACCCAGCUGA